AGAGGUUCGGGGCGACGUGGUGGGGGCAAGUCAACAGCCGGUGGUGGGGAUGGAAUACCGGGUAGCGCGAGAGGGAAGCCGAUAGCGAGAGCAGGAGAGAGUUAGAUGGUGGAGAGGGAGCGAGAGGCCGCCGAAAGCGCACAGCGGCCCAUAAUUCGGUGCGCCGCCCCGCAAUCAGGUUCGUGCUCGAUGUUUCUAACCGCCUCGCUCGUCGCAGCCGGGAGAGAGAGACGGUAGUGCACGUUUUUACGUUUGUUCGUCAGCUACGUUUGACUAAGUACAGUCCGGGAUAGAACGGAGCACGUCUCGCGCGCUCUAUUUUCCUAUAUUUUUUUGUUCUCUUUUCUCCGUUUAACCGUUCUUUUCCACGGCGGAUCGUAAUCUCGUCGCUCGCGCGUCCCUCUUGUUUAUUUGUCCGAUAGAUACGCGGCUGGCAGAGACGCUAUUCUCUCGGGAAUCCUUAGUUUACACGUAUUCCGUAUCGUCGUGUGGAAAAGCCGGAAAGGCUUGUCGAAGGCUACGUUUGUCUAUCCGGGGGAUACGAAGGACUAACGAGUGUGAGGGAAAGCCUGUUAAACACACACGGAAAGGAAGAAGAAGGAACGCAGUGGUUCGCCGGUGUAGAGUCGCAACAGAGAAGAGCGCGCGUCUCGCUGCCAGUCAACCAGUCGGCCAUUCAGUCAGUCAGUCGAUCAUUCAGUCAGUGCCGGUUCUACACUCCGAACGUUUUCUUCUCUCUGUCUGUUUAUAUUCAGUCCCAAGUUCCUCAAUGGUGGCUGUCUCGAUGUGUUUUGCUGGCAACCAACGAUAAUCCUUUGUCUGUAAGUGAAACGAGAAACGGGAACACGAAGAAAACGGAUCGAAAACUUGGAUCCUAUUGGUGGUGUUGUACGAUUUUUGUGUUCCAUCGUUGAAGACACAUACAAAUACACACGAAGUACACGAUAUCCCUGGCCAAAAAAGCAUGGAAGGAAAAUGUGCCGCCAACGGACACGGCCAGUGAAUUGAAUUUAAAUUUCAUACGUGAUGAUUUUCUUACGUUAGCAAUUCGUUGAUUGUUGGUGAUGAUUGUGCUGGUUCGCUAUGUACACGCCUUCACGUCGUGAGCGUCGUCGUUAAAAAAAGGAGGAGGAAGGAGGGAGCCUUUUCCGCCGAUUCAAACGUCCAUCCUUAAACAUCUCUCGUCGUGUCUUUCUUCCCUUGGUCCACAUAUAGUCACAAGAGGAGAGAUCGAGGCGGGUAAAUAGGCGAAGUGGGGUGACGAGCAAAAGGGGCGAUCGGAGCAAAAGGGACGAUCGAGAAGGUGGAGGAGGAGGAGGAGGAGGUGGAGAUAAGGGCAUGAUAAGCAAGGACGUUGGACGAAUAUCAGGUGACACGGUAGACGAUAGCCAAGAAGGGUUGAGCGGAGGAGGGAGGAAGGUGUAUCGACAGAUUCGCCGUCUUGUCACGCGGCAACGGAUGUCGGAAUGACGCGUCGAUCAAGCCGUGGCUGGGCAGAGGGUGCAAGGACUUCGUUAAACGGAAGAAAGUGAUAGUCGUGGACUCGCUUCGCGGGAGGCGGAGAGGCGGAGUUCGUUUGGUGAAGGGAGUGGAAGAGGAAGGAAGCGUCGGGGAUCGUCCAACUUGUCAGGUAACGAGAUAAGAAGCGAUCGCGGCCUCAUUGUCUCAUCUCACUCUCCAGCAACGGCGACGGAUAAACGUCCUCUCGUCGCUAUCACGAUGUUGUCGUUAUGAGAUUCGUCGUAUUUCCUUAUACCUGACAGUCAACAAUACUGUUCGAUUGCUUCUUCCCCGAGGGGGAAGGUGAGUAAAAUAGAAGGGAUCUCGAGCGGACCAAGCAAAAAGAAGAAGAAAAGAAAAAGAAAAAAAUCAUUUAUCGUAUAAUAAGAGAUCGUACAACUGGAAGAAGAAACGAGACUACUACCAAAGAAUUUUGAUUCGAGGGAAGAGGGUCAAAGUUAACUGGCCGAGAGCACACAGUAGCAAAGGAAACAGCGAUCUCGUUUAACCUUGGAGAGAAGAGAGAGAGAGAGAGAGAGAGCAUCGUAAAUCGCAGAACAUCGUAAUCGCGCAAGGACAGGCAACCGACUGUCCGCGUGGCUGUUGCGUUGGAAGGGUGCCGAUAAAAGAAUAGAGGGGUGCGUGGUGAAACGCGACGAGAGGGUGAAGUGAAGGUGUCCUCGUGGGGUGCCAGAGUGAGCACGAUAGCACCUCUGGUGCCCUCGGCCGUGGGUCCCGAGGGGACGGACGCCAUGGCGGCCUCUUCGUCCUCGUCGAGCGGCGAGCAACAGUACUCACUCAGGUGGAACGACUUCCACUCGAGCAUCCUCAGCUCAUUUCGUCAUCUCAGGGACGAGGAGGAUUUCGUGGACGUGACCCUGGCAUGCGACAGUAGCAGCUUCACCGCGCACAAGGUCGUUCUCUCUGCGUGCAGCCCUUACUUCCGCCGCCUCCUCAAGGCCAAUCCAUGCCAGCAUCCGAUCGUGAUCCUGAGGGACGUCGCCUCGUCGGACAUGGAGUCGUUGCUGCGCUUCAUGUACCACGGAGAGGUGCACGUAGGUCAGGAACAGCUCGCCGCGUUCCUAAAGACGGCGCAGAUGCUUCAGGUUCGAGGGUUGGCCGACGUGAACAGCGGCGCUGCCAAAAUUCCUCCUCCCUCGUCCUCCGGCGGGAACAAUGGCAGUGCGCCGGCGACACCGCGCAAUCCUUGGCAAGACAACGGCAGAGGAGAGUUGAACGAGAGCGGUCUGAGCCCGCCACCAGAGAAGAGACCUAGAAGCUAUAGCCCACCGUUGGGUAACCACGUGGAGCCCAAGACCGACCUUCAAGAAUCGCUUUUGGGCCAGGCUUUGGCGGAGGGACCCACGAUACACACGACACCCACGAACAACGUUCAGGCGCAAUCUACCGGCGAGGACUCGAACUCCAUGUCGGACAACGAGGAGGAGAUGUCGAAUAACGACAGCAUCCUGAACUCGGUGAAGACCGAGCCAAGCGACAUCCUGAAUGAUUCUAUGGAACAUCAUCGUAAUUCGUUUCCGGCGCUCUUGGGAAUACCAGGACUGAUACCAGGACCGUCCGGGAUCCACGCGGCGAAUCAGGAUCCGAAUUACGUGGCCCGCCGCGGCUUGGACAUGAUGCGGGUCCGCGCCACAGAUCCACGCCCCUGCCCGAAAUGCGGUAAGAUCUAUCGAUCCGCCCACACAUUGCGCACUCACCUGGAAGAUAAGCACACGAUCUGUCCGGGGUAUCGUUGCGUGCUGUGCGGUACCGUGGCCAAGUCGAGGAACUCGUUGCACUCGCACAUGUCGCGCCAGCAUCGAGGGAUCAGCACCAAGGAUCUACCGGUCCUGCCGAUGCCCAGCCCGUUCGACCCUGAAUUGGCGUCUCGUCUGUUGGCCAAGGCAGGUGUCAAGGUGAGUCCCGCCGAGUUGCGAGCCCGUGCGAGCCCCACCGGGCCGAGAAGGGGCGACAUGAGGCUCGAGAUACCACGAGGGGGCGCCCCGUCCGAGGCUGGGAGCAGCAUCUGCGGCGGCGACGAUCCGGAGGACCUCACUUUGCCGCUCAGCCUCAGGUAUGGAUCACCCACGCCCAAUAACAACACCGUGAUCACCAAGGUGAGCGGCAGCGGUAACAACGGCAGCGGCAGCACCACCAAGAACUCGACCACGACCGCGAUAGCGGCCAAGUCUUUGGACACGUUGCACGGCAGCCGCGAGCCGAACACGGCGCCCCUUCAUCCACCCGGCCAUCUUCAUCCGAGCCAUCACAACACGAGCGCGACGGGAUCGGCCAUUCUCGACACAUAUUUGCAAUUUAUAGCCGAGAAUUCCGGUUUGACGACGAUGGGCCUCAGCCCCGAGCAAGCUGCCGCUGUCGCGGCGGCGCACGCGGCCAAGAUGGCGCACAUGAGCGCCAUGGACAAGUUGGGCGGCCGUGGGAUCGAGGAUUAUCCCAUGAUCGGCCGAGACGAGGGUCGGGGGCCCGGUGUGGUGCACGAGGAUCGCCAGGACGCGAUGCAGGACAGGCACGUCGGGUUGUUGGAGGAGGGGGAGUCGUCGGGGGGCGAAGAGGACGAUUUUAGCGAGAACGAGGAGCCGGAAAUCGUUAAAGCCGAAUAGGUGGCACGCUCGCGGCAAUCUGCGACCAUAGUUUGUUACUUUACAAUCGAGUGACCCGAUUAUUAGGAAGCGCUUUGGAGAGACGCGUUUUUUUUUUUUUUGGAUCCGAUCUUGGGAUCUAGGCGCGUUCCCUUCGCUCGCAGUCAAAUCCAUCCACUACCUCAGUAGAGACUUGUCCCACUGUUUUCUUUUCGUUGCGGGAGAAUAGAAUUUUUGUUUUUCUUUCUUUUUUUUUUUUUUUUGUUUUUCCAAAGAAAAGAUGAAGAAAGAAGAUGAAACGAAGUCAUGACACACACACGUAUAAUUCACACGUUUUACAUUUAUAUAAAAUACCGGGCCGGUUCCGAAUCGGAGAAACGAAUCCCUCCUUCGCUACUACACUCGGAGAAACGGAUCAUUUCAAUUUCCGUUUUCCCCUUUUUUUUUUCUUUACGAACACGAUACAUAGAACACACACGUACACACAUAUACAUAUAUAUAUAUACCUCUAUCACACAUCAAGUAAACACGUGUAUAUGCGCGUAUACAGUUUUUACCCCAGUUUAUAAAAUAUUCCAUCUGUCUACCUCAGUGAAGAACCACGAUAAACGAUAAGUGAUAGGACAGACCAAGACGAAUCUCACGGACGACGAUGAUGAUGAUGUUUCGGAGAGAGAAGAGAGAGAAAGAGAAUCAGAAUCAGAAUCAGAUGAUAAAAAAAGAGAUGAUAUCGCCAUGGCUAUUCAUUCUUCGCAUGAUUUUUACUCAUUUAUGAAAAAUGAUUUAUGAAUAUACGAAGAACGAUAUCGAUAUAUCGCGACAGACGUCGUUCAACCGGUUCCAACGGACCGGCGCUUUCACGAUCUCGUCGAAGCGAUGAUUCGAAAAAAAAAAAAACGAGAGAUCGCCCCAGCGAAACCUUAGACGAGAGGAUGCUAGGGAGGAUCAAUUGUUCGAUUCUUUUUAUUUUCUAGAAACACUGUUUGAGAGAACGAGGGAGAAAGGAAGAGAAAGGGAGAGAGAGAGAGAGAGAAAAGAGAAAACGGUGAUCGUCGCGUAUAUGCACGCGACUCCCGAGAAGAUAUUAUUAUUAUUAUAUUAUAUUAUAUUAUUAUUAUUAUUAUUAUUAUAUAUAAAUGUUGAGGAAAAAUAUAUAUUGUCUAGAUUUAUAGAGAGGUUAGUAUACCACGACGCGUACGUACGUACGUGCACACGAUACGGAUAACGUAAAGGAGAAAAAGGAAAUAAUACGAUAAUAAUUGGAGAGAAUAGAAACGCGUUAAAGUAACGAGUAGAAUGAUACACGUGUUUAGCGUUAGGGUUUAGCACCCUUUGUAUUUUUUAGACGCGUGCAUCUUUCCAAGGUACAUACACUCACUUACAGACGCGAAUACACGGCAUUACGUACAUUAAAAUACAUACACACACGCCCACACUGUACCAUUUUUCACGCAUAGUUGUACACGUAUACACACACACACACACGAGAGAAAGAGAGAGAGAGAGAGAUUGAGAGAGAUUGAGAGAGAGAGAGAGAGAUUAUGUUUCCGCGCUUGAUUUGAAUUCGUGCGCGAAUCAAUUACGUACGGUCGUGUCUCGUCAAGAGAGUCGCUUUAGAAUCGCGACGAUUAUUACGAUUGUUAAUUAUCUACUCAUUUUAUUGUAGGAAUAAAAAAAAAAAAGAAAAAAGGACGGGAUAUGCAAAGCCGGAGAAUCUCAUCGUGUCGAUCAAUGAAAUAUUCUCGUUUCGUUUGGUUAGACUUAGGUUAGAACGGUGUUCUGAACGAAGAAGUUGGCUAGUUUUCUUUGACCAGCCAGGAGAGGGGAUACGAUUGUUACGAUAAAACGUGAUAAAAUAGAAUCUCGUUAAUAGGAUUCGAGAGAUGGUCGAGACGAUGCGUUCUACUCGGUUCUGGAAAAAAAUGGAAUUAGGCGAGGUAGCGCGCGAAACUACGAAAAAAAAAGAAAAAAAAAAAAAAAGAAAGGUCUCGACUAGGGCGAAUCAAUUGACCUUAUUCUUGUCGUUCCUUUUUUUUUCUUUUUUUUUUUUUUUUUUAACUCUUUUUCCUAGUUUUCAUUGUUCCGUAGAAAAUCCGUCGAAUUAAUCGAAAUGGGAAAAGAGAUUCAUCCCCUAAGGGCUUGCCAUGACUUUUCUUAGUACUUAAGUUCUUUAUUUCGAUCAUUCUCUCUUGAAGGGAACGACACGAUUCUUUUUAUCCGUAGAGAUCUUCUCGCAGACGACUCAGUUGCUCGUGUAUUGUUUUUUUGUUGUGUGUUUUCUUUUUUCGAAAGAAAGAAAAGAAAAAAAAAAGAGAAAAAAAAGAAAGAGAGAAGAAACGUGACGCAAGGAAACAAGGUAGAAGCCACGAGUGGAAAGGAAGAACUGUUUCAUCUUUUCUUGAACUUCGUCUUGCUCCUAAUGGAGCAUCGAUCCGCAACUCUUUCCGCAUUCUUGAACGUGUCGUUAGCUCUGACUCAUCUCGAUACUCCUCUCUAGCCUCUAGUUUUAUUUAUAAAUCCGUUAACGUCUCUUCUCGUCCUCUAACGAUUUUUCGUUUCACGAUAAAUUGUAUUUCAAAUUUUAUUUUUUAUUUAUAUUUUUCUUUCUUUUCUUUUCUUUUUUUUUUUCGAUCAUCCUCGUAAAUUAUACACACACGUGGUUCUCGUUCCACGAGUGGCGAUGAAGAUAUAUAUAAAAUUGGAAAGAAAGAAAGAAAGAAGUUAGAGGCAGUUUCGAAGAUCGUAAACUGCGCGCGCGAUUUUUCAUUUGUCCAGGUUCGAGAAGUAUAAUAAUAUUAAAAUGGUUCCUAAUAAUUGAAUGCAACACACGAGCUACUUUGAUUUACAGUAUAUCUUGAGAAUAUAUAUUAUAUACAUAUAAAUAUAUACAUACAUGUAUAUAUAUAUAUAUACACACACACAUACACACGAUACACACAUAAUUAGAUACGCCUAGGAAAAAAAAAGAGAAAUUUAGCAAUACGUAGUGGCGCAUCUCGUUUUAAAAAGGUUUCUUUCCUUUCGCGUUCUUUAUUACAAUAAUUGUUAAUUUCGUCCUUUCUAUUAUAAUUUUGUUUCAUUUCUUUUUUUUUUUAAUGCGCGAAUUUUUUUUCUUGCGCGAAUGUGCAUGGAAGAGUGACGAAUGACGAAUAAGUGAGAAAAUCGAUUAUGGCUGAAGAUGAACCCUUUUUUUCUUCUUUUAGAUUUUUAACACCUAUUUUUAUUCUUUCUUUCCUUUUCUUCUUCUUUCUUUCUUUCUUUCUUUUCCUUUCUUUCUUUCUUUCUUUCUUUUUUUUUUGCCUAGAUUUAGUAGGUUGUAAACAAUACUCGGAGUAUACUAACCCUUUCUUAGCCUGUAAGAGCAUUUUAUCUAUGAAACACAGGGACUCUUAGUGAUUUCGUCGCUAUAGGAAUACGUUGUUCACGAACGGAAUAUAUAUGCUGUGUACUUCUGCGCGAGACGGAAUACGUCCAAGAAAGAGAGGGGAAAAAAAAAAGAAGUAGUAGAUUCGAAAAAUCAAAAAAAAAAAAAAAAAAAAAAAAAGAAAGAAAAAAAGAAAAAAAGAGAGAGAGAGAGAAAGAGAAACCGACGAUCGAUCGUGGAUCGAGCGCAAGACGAGCAAAACUUUUUGAUGAGCAGCGUCGAAAACCAACCCCCUUUCGACGAAUCCUCGAGAUCUUAUUUAUUAGAGAUUUUUAAGCUUAUUAAUCGAAGAGUAUAAAGUUUUUAUCCGCGACAAUAAUUAAGGGAGAAUUGAUCGUAUUGAAACAAUGUUCGCAAAGAAUUAUCAGGAUAAGGGAAACUAGAAGAGACAGGGUGUUGAAGAAGCUUUCGACACUGGGAUUCCUCGAUUUUUUAAAACUUUAUAUUGUACAUACAUACGGUGGGGGUAUUUGUAUACGAUCGAAAUACUUGUAUACGAAUCCGCGGGGAAGAGGCCACGGGUAGAUCUUUGUAGAGAAAGAAAAAGGAGAAAAAAAGAAAGAAAAAAAAAUAGUAGAAUCGUAAUACCGUUUAUCGUGCGCCCUCGAACCGUGUUAUUUUUAACGCUUGUUACGAACAGAUGAAAUUUUUAAUAUACGCUCGUUCGCCUCGCGGAAAGAUUCACGAGUCGUCGCUGCGCGAAUUUGCACGGUGGAAAGCUUCGUUGAUAGACGUGUUUUUAUUGUAAAAUGGAGAGAAUGCGGGAAUAUGAUCGAUCGAGACGCGAAUCCAGGUCUAAUCGGUACAAAGAAACCACUUCUUGCCUUGAAGAAAGCUCUCUAAUAAAUAUUAACGGAUCAGAUGCGAUCGUGUCGCGAGAGAAGGGUUAAGGUAAAAAAUUGAAAUUAAAAAAGAAAAAGAAAAAAAAAAGAGGAGGAACCCGGAGGAAGAAAAAUAAAGAAUAAUAAGUAAAUAAAUAAGGGAAAAAAAAAAAAGAGGAAAUUCUUCGCAGAGUACAAAUUUAUUCGCGAUGUUUGUCGAGGAGAAGAAUCUUAAAGAGAAGAAAACAAAGAGAUAAUGGAAAAUAAGAAAAAAGAAAAAAAAGAAAAAAAAAGAAAAUAUAGUGGACAUCGAUCGAAGGAGGAAGCUAAAAGGUUUUCUAGGUAUCGUUAUACGCGUUUGUGACAACUGUCUGUCCGGAUCAGAACGAAGAAGGGAGGAGAAUGCAAAAAUAGGGUUUGAUCGUUUUUUUUUCCUUUGUGCCAUUGUGAAUAAUUAAUCAAACACGACGAGGUUUAAGACUUUCUUUUUCCUUUUAAUCUUUCUUUUUUUUUUUUCUUCUUCCAUUCGUUUCCGUUGUCAUUAUUCUUUCUCUAUUUCUUCACCGGAGAAAAAUUGUACAGAAAGCGUCUCCCCUUUUAAUUAUUCCAAUAACCCUUCAUGACGAUCAACAAAAUCAUACGUACACGCAUUGAUCGUAGUCGCGUGGAAAAGUUGAUGAACCCAAUACAAAGUGAUCUCGUCGAUAGACUUUCUUCUUCGCUUUUCUUUUAAUCUUUUGUCAAUUUUUUUGUUUUUCUUCUUCUUCUUCUUCUUCUUUUUUUUUUUUUUUUCUUUAACUGUACAGAUACAAGCGUCGAUUUCGAUCAAUCGUCGCGAUAAUGUACGUUAUAUAGAGAAACACGUACACAUUGAAAUAUAUAUAUAUAUUAUAUAUGUACACUGACACAUGUACAGAUUUAUCGAACGCUGCAAAUGCGUAUACAUAUACACACAUACAUAUACACACACGUUUACGUACAGGCACGUAAGCAAACAUUAUAGUUAAAAGGGUUGGCGGGGUGCGUUCGUCUAUCCCUUUAAAGUGACAAGAUAUUCACGAUACCCUCCCUGCAGAUCAUAGUUUUCUACGACAGUAUUUAUAUAGCUAUAUAUACAUAUAAAUAAUUAUAUCUAUAUAUAUAUAUAUACACAAUCAGAAAUAUAUUGUAUGUAUAUACGAAAUGUACAUAUACAUAUUAAAAUAUUUUUACACGAACGAUCCCCUUUAUCGCGCCAGCACCCCGUCAUCCCACCCUUCAGAGUCGGGUGUAUCCCCGGUAUUGAAAAAAAAAAAAUAGUCCGUUGAACGUAGUUCGCAAUAGUCAUUUUGGAAUAAAAUAACCACCAACUACAGUAUUGCAAUAGUUGUUAGAAUGACAAUCGUGUGAACGUAAUCGUGGAAAACGCUCCCCUUUCCUAACCGAUCGAUUCAAUUGGGAAAAGAAGAAUUAAAAAGGAGAACGAAAAAAAUUAAAAUAUAAAAAACAAAAUGAGAAGAAAGAAAGAAAAAAGGAAGAAACUGGUUCGCGGCAAACAAACACUUUUGAUUUCGCUUGAAAGUAUCGCGAAACGAAUCGAAAACGGAGAGGAGCGGAAUGAAAUAGCUGUCUUGGCUGCUGAUGAUGAUUCUUGGCCAAAGAAAAUAAGAGAGAAAGAAGUAUGAAAGAAAAGGUGGUGAACGCACGACAGAACACUCGUCUUCCGUAUCGGCGAGCCGCCGCGGCUCUCUCGGUAUCGACAAUAAUAAACGGCGAGCGUGCCGGCGCUCGUAAAUGCCGAAUCGUGCGAGUGCACUCGUCUCCGCGUGGUUUUACGGUGAUUAUAAAGUCGGAUUAACGACGCCGUAAACGCGGCUAAACCUUUCGCGAAUAGUUCGCCAGUCGGGAACGUUUCGUUCGAGUUCUUAGGGAGGGGGGGAAAUGCAAAUAAACCGUCUCUGAAAUUCUCUUGCCUACCGGAAUAAAGGGAAUCCGGCAAAGUCUUUCGGCUUUCGGAUAUCCUGGCUGUAGAGGAUAUCUUCGUGGCUCGAGCGAGGGCAAACCUGAGAGCAUUGUCGAACCGUGUCUUUUCGAAAAAGACUUGCGAAAUAAUUAUAAUUAAAUAUCGUCCUGCUUGAUAUCGAUCGAAUCUUUCGUUCCUUUUUUUUCUUCUUCUUCUUCUUCUUCUUCUUAAAUUGCAUUACAAGAUAUAAAAUACAGGAUUGGCGAAUGUUGUUCUGUCGUGCGUUAAAUUUUUGAUCGUGCAAUUCAAUCAUUGAUGAUUGAAGUUUGGGGGGAGGACACGGAAGAAUCAGUUUUUUCUUUUUCUUUUUCUUUUUAAAAAUUUCGCAAGGGAGCGAUCUACCACCUCAGGUACUCUGAAAAAUUGACACGAUUACAUGAUGCAUUGUUGUAAAUGUAAUAACAAACUCAGGAAAUCUGAAGCAACCAGGCCGUGAUACUAUUACUUAUAGAAAUUACUGCUACUGCUACUAUUACUACUACUACCACUACUACCACUACUACUACUUCUAUUACUACUACUACUACUUCUAUUGCUACUACUACUACUACUACUAUUACUACUACUACUGCUACUACUACAGGUUUGAUUCUUUAUGCGUUAAACGGACGCUCGGAUGAUUCGCGAGCCAGCGUCUAUUCUGUUUUGUUUCGUUUGUUUAUUUGUUUCUUGUUUGUUACGAGAUUUUACUCUGGCAAGUGGCAAGGCGUGUGCAUACCGCGUGUCUGCGAAUCUGCAGCGAAUGUGCCCCGUGAAAUCGAUUGGAGCCGUUCCGUUCGCUUUCGAAAAAAGAAAGGCCAUAAACGAGCUGAAUAUUGCACGAUUACAUUACACUAUAUUGUAUAUUGUAUCCGAGUUGAUGCGUCUUCAAUACAAAUUGUUUCGUCGUUUGUCGGGACGAAUCGGCACGGCUCGAAUUUCUUUCGCGUGCCACGUGUCGCGAUGAUUACGCGAAUUAUUAGACAGGCAAAGGGAAUUUAUUAAAGAGAAAAAAAAAAGAAAAAAAAAAAAUAAGGGAAAAAAGAAAUGAUUGUGAAAAAUCACCACAGCUACCUCCAUAAUUAAUUAAAUAUCAGUCUUCUUCUCGCGCUAUAUUCACGCUCAUGAUUACCUAAAUAAAGCAUAUAAAGUAACGUUACUUUUUUACUCGAUGACGUUCGAGUGACGGGCGAGUAAUAAUAAUUCGUCAUCCCGGCGAAACCAUUGCAUCUCCGCAUAGCGAGUAUAUUAUUAUAAUAUAAUAAUUAUGUAUACACAACGUUUAUAUACACAUAGUCAGAAGCGCGGGAUAAUAUAGCCUCCACGGAUUAUAUAUAGGUUUAAGGGUUUGCCUCCUUCCGCGGAACAGUCGAGCCGGCAAUGGAACAAUACAAUAAUAAAGAAGAAGAAGAAGAAGAAGAAGAAAAAGAAAAAAAAAAGAAAAGGUGUAGAAAGAAUUUCGUCGAACGUCGGUCGCGUUUCGAUGUGGAAAUUAUAUUUUAGACAGACUGCUCAAAAUAAUUCGAAGAUUCACGUUUCUAAGUGAUAACGAGAUAGAGGAUGAAUCGCCGGUCGCGUUUCAAUGCGCGAAAAUACUGCUCAAACUAUUUCGUUUCUCUACGAAUUACACACACACACACACACACACACAGACUUAGGUAAAUCGAAUGAAAUAGCCAUAGUAGGAUAUUAUUAUUAUUAUUAUUAUUAUUGUUAUUAUUAUUAUUAUUACUAUUAUUAUUAUUAUUAUUUCUUCUGUCCAGAGAUCGCUAGAGAUAAUAUUCGAAACAUCUUCGAAAUUGUGGCGAAGAUAAGACGAAGAUAAUGAAACUCGAGUCAAGAUAGAUCAAACGGUGUUUCAUCCACCGUUGCUUCCGUAAUGCAAUGUUCUUUUUUUUCUUUUUAUCAGAAAAAUAAUAUCUCUACAAUCAUCGAGGAUGUUCGAAGUUAUUUAUUAGCACUCGAAUCACAAAUAUAUAGAACACACAAAUGAUAGAAUUCUUCUCUGAUUACUUUGAGCGGAAAAGAUGGGAAAAAGAUGGGAAAAAGAAAGAAACUACUAUUACUUGUAUCUGGUCGGAGAUUACAAUGGAGCUACCUCAGUUUUACAGAUAUAUAAUGUAAUAUCGACAUAGAACGCGCACUUCGAGCCGCAUUUUUCUCGCUGAAAAUGGACAAGAAAUAACUAUUUCACUGCCAAGCGUGCCAUGCUCGACUAUUCCGCGUGCGACAGUGCUGAAUUCCAAAAUCACAAUGCAAUACGUUGUACUUACAGUCGUUUUUACGCGUUGACUCGUCGAUAUAUACCGGUUAGUGAUUUUACUGCUGCAUAGAGAGAGAGAGAGAGAAAGAGAGAGAGAGAGAGAGGAACAGAGAGAGAGAAGAAUGAAAGAGAUGAUCGUACGACAGAACGAGAGAGAAAUCGAGGAAAAAAAAAUACAUUUUUUUUUCGCGUGAAUGCGUUAAUGCGUGAUACACGAUGUUACACCGCGUGCAAGGCAGGUGAAAAUGUAGAGAUUUUUUUAAAAAGUGUGACAGAGAAGGAAGAGUGUUGAAGUGAGAAAGAAGACUAGAAUGCGAGAUGACCGUGUAAGAAGAAGAGGAAGAAGAAGAGGAAAAAGAAGAAGAAGAAGAAGAAGAAGAAAAAAAUACGUUCGGAUGGCCUCCUAUUAUUAUAUUAUAUGCAUAUAAUUAUAUAUAUUAUUAGAAAGUGAGAAGAAAAGAGGAAAAAUAUAAAAUAUACCUAUCUACGUGAUAUUUUACAGAGAACAUAAUCAGGGACGCGUCGUAACCAUAGACGUAUAAUUAUUAUAUUAUAUAUUAUAUAAUAGAGUCUCUUUCUAGUGAUAGAAAAAAAAAAGGAAAAAAAAAAAAAAACCAUAAACUCUUAACUUAUUUUGUAACUCAUCGUCGGAUCUGAGGAAGAGGAACACGGUCGCGUGACGAAACCAAUGAGCGUGCAAUUCUCGACGUACGGCGUGAUCAAAUUUCAACAUAUUUUUUUUUUCGAAACAAUACAAUGAUGAUAGAGAAAUGAUCGAUCGUGACAGGUUUCCACCAGGUUUUCUUACAAAAUCUCCAUAAAAUUUUAAAUUCGCGAUUCUCACGGAGGGAACUUUUGAUGGGAACGACGAAAGGGAAACGUUCAAUCUUUUCGAGCAUCGUUGUCGUUCAAAAGUUCAUCGUUAUAAUUAAUUUAAUUAUUAUUAUUAGCCAUAACUUUCGUCGAAACGAAAAACUUGGCUUAAUGUUUCGUAUUGGCGUGCACGAUCUCGACCGAUCUCGAUCCUUUUUAUUUUUUUAACGAUUUUUAUUUUUCCGGCGAAUAAAUCCAUCAUUCUCCAUCACGAUUUCCUCCUGAGAGACGGAUAACUCUCGUGUUUCUUUUUCUUUUUUUCUUUUUUUUUUCUUUUUCUUUUUCUUCCGCCUAUUAAAUUUAUUAAUUUUUGAAUGUAUCAUCGACAUACGGGGGCCAGGGUGAAAACCACACCGUUUUGUCCGCGAAACGUAUUAUCGAUUUGCUUGUUAUAUCGUUAUCGCCGCCUUGCUGAACCGGCGCGAUUCUCCCAUUAAUCGUAAACGCUAGCUAGUAGGCGUAAUUUGCAUAUUGAUCGUACGGAAAGGGAAACAAGAAGAGAGAAGAAGAAGAAGAAGUGGAAGAAGAGAAGAGAUUGAAAAAAGAAAGAAAAGAAAAGAAAAGAAAAGAAAGGAAAGGAAGGAAAAAUGCGGAUGAACAUUGUCGGAAAGAGAAAUAAAAAUGUUGUAAAAAUUUGCGAGAAAAUUUCGAGCAUAUCCGUAAGAGCGAAGAGUUUCGAAGAGUGGUGGAAAGAAAAAGGGAGUAAAAGAAAAAAAAAAUAAAAAAUAAUGGUAAAGAGAGAAUGGUUACGAGAGAGUGAGUGAGAGAGUGAGAGAGAGAUAAAAGGAAAGAGAGAAAGAAAGAAAGAGAGAGAAAGAAAGAGAGAGAGAGAGAAUUAGCGAUCAUCAUGGGCCCCGUCAUCGAGACGCAACGCCACCUCGUUCUUUACUUAACGGUUAACUAUCAUUAAGGUGCUUCAAUAUUGUUACGUUACGUUUUUUUUAUUACCGUCAUUUAAUAUUAAUGUUAUUAUUAUUAUUGUCAUUAUCAUUUCAUUUAUUAUUAGCUUCGCUAGAUCGUGUUUAGAAAAAAAAAAAAAGAAUGAUGUACAUCUGUCUCCUGGCAGGGAAUCGAGGAAAAAAAAAAAAGAUACAAGGGAGACGAGAUCGCGUUAUUUCGUGGGCAUUGAAGGAAAAGGGGAGGAGAAAAAAAAAAGAAAAAAAAAAGAAAAAGAAAAGAAAAGAAAAGAAAAAAACGUGCAUAGAAGGAAAAACGCUUCACGCUUCCGCGCGAAUAUAUAUUCUUUUCCUUCGUCCUUUCGGAUUUUUUUAUUUUUUUUUUUUUUUUUUUAUCUUUCGUUGUAUUUUUCUUCGCCCAUCGAUUUUUUUUUUUUCGCCCACGUUUCUCGCCAUUGAGACAGAGGCAGUCUUGCUGCUAACGUGAACGAGCCAGUAUGUCAGAUAUAUCCUGUUUUCUUUUUCCCCUGAAAAUCCUAUAUCUUGUCUUGUCUUCCUAAUUCUUUCCUCUUUCUUUCUUUUUUUUUUUUUUUUUAAAUAUCUUGUAAAUACCAAUCUAUUAGUCCUAUUUAUCUACCUGAUAUUAACCGUUCCAACGAAUUUUCCCAAAUUUCUUAACUUUCUAACCUUCCUUUUCUUUUUUUUUUUUAUAAUUUUUUGUUUUCCUUUCCUUCCUUCCUUCCUUCCUUCUUUCCUUUCUUCCUUCCUUCACACAUACUACGUUACUACUUUAUGUUCAAUACGUUUUAAUUUUGCCAUUCUUAGCAUGUAAGCCAUCCAACUUGCCAAUACGAUUACAAUAAAAUAUGUUUA